AAACAGUUGAUGAGAAUAAAGAAUCCUUUUUGUUGCCGAAAAUCAGCCCCCACUCACAAAGCCAACAAGAUAAUAGUCUAAGUAGAGCAGUUUGUAAAAAACAAGGAAUUAUACGUACGAAAUUACAAAUACUAAUAUAAAAAUAUAAUCAAAUAAUUUGAGGUUUCCGUAUUUUUGUUCAUUUUGUUUUUUUCAGGGCAGUUUCUUUCAUCAUCAUAACUGCAGUUUUCUGUAUUUUUUGAAUGUUUUUAAUUUUGUUUCUUAAAUUGGGAUCCCACCUUCCCUCGUCAAGCUUUUGAAUAGAUUUGCUUGUUUUGGAACUCUGGCCAGAGUACCCGACAAAUCAUUUAACGCGACCCCAAAAAUCUCAUUUUUUUCUUUUUGUUUUUGGUGUUCAUUUGAAAAAACUAAACAAACAAUCUCCAUUAUUGAGUUGAGAGGGCACAAGGAAUAAUUAAUGAGACAAGAUAAUGUAACAACAAAAAUUCAACUUCCUCCAUUCGGUUGUUUGGGUGAAAAAGGGGAAUUAAAUUUUGGUACACUGAUAUUGACUCAUCGUCUGAAAGAUAUAAUGCUGUGUGAACACGGCAACGGAGUCAAGAUUUUUCACCCCUGCUUCUGUGUAAUUGUGUUGUUGCUCCAUUUCUUUCUUGUUGCGUGGAUCUGAGGAAACUUUGGCUCAUUUGGCCGCCAAGAACACAUGCAGUUGCUAGUGAGAAUUAACUCCAAAAAAAAAAAAAAAAAGCUAGCUUGCCACAUUUUUUAACUUGUUCUUCAUGAUUAGUUUUCUUGAACUUGUUCUUUUUUUCAAAAGUUGAAUUGAUUUUCUCAUCUGGGUUCAUUCUAGUUAGAACCCAGAAAUUCAUUUGGGUUUUUGAGUGUUGUUUACUUGUUUUAUUAUACUAAUGAUUAUGCAUUAUUGGCUUGCUUCUCUGUUUUUUUUUCUUCUCUGAGAAUUUCUUUUGGGUUCUUGAAUUAAGCUAAAGGAGGGUGAAGAAAAGGGCUGAUCAGGAGAGACAAAGAAGGAACCUUUUCACCAAGAAAAAGGGUUGAUCAGAAGGGGACAAGAAAAGAAUUUGUACUGGGACGAAACGACUCGAGACUUGAGAAUAUGCCUCAAGACGGACCAAGAUCGAUUGUGUACAGGUCAUUCUUCUCCUGUGAAGAUCCAAAAGGUGUUGUGGAAUGUAAGACAAGCAGAAAAACCAAGACUGAUUCUCAUAAGUUGGAUGAAAAGGUUGGACAUCCGAAGACGCAAAAGAAUUUGAGUCGGUCUUUUUCAUGGAAUGGAGAAAGGAAUGACACCAUCUCCAGAGUGCCGACAGAUCAGGAGCUACAUAGUCCAUCUACUUUUCAACUUAUGCAAAUAUCUAGAGGUGCAGAGAAAUUAAACCAAGUUAUAGAUACCUGGUCUAAGGAUAUAAGCCUUGAAAAGCAUUCCAAAGAUAUUGCAGAAAACUUGUUAAAAGGAGCUCUUGAUCUUAAGGAGUCUCUAGCCAUGCUGGGGAAGCUACAAGAAGCUUCACAAGUCAUGGCAAAGUUGAAGAAAAAGCAGAAGGAUAAGGGUGGAGGAGCAAAACUUGAUGGAGGCGGCAUUGAAAGGACUAUGUCUGAUCGUUUUGGAUAUGCAAGCCAAAGAACUGUGGAGUUCGAAAAUCCCAGAUUUUCUGUUGAUGGGUCGGCCAGAGAUUGUUUUGAUGAGCUCAGAGAAGUGAUAAAAGAGAGCUUUGCUAGACAGAACCUGUUGCCGAAAAGUUACAAUGAAGAGAAGCCUUAUUCUGACAGACCAAAAUCAGAAUUCUUGCUGCCUCCAUCAUCCCCAGAUAUGUUGUUGUUGCCUAAAAGUUUCAAAGAAGAGAAAAGUUAUUUCGAUAGAACAGAGGCAGACUUCUCAUGGGAUCCUUCGUACCAAAAUCAUAAGCUGUCAAAGAUGUCCAAGGAAUCAAAGGCGAAGUCAGACUGCUCUCAGGAUCUUCCAUCCACCAGCUCAAGCCAAUCCUCACAUUAUUUCUCCUAUGAAUUUGACUCUUCUGACUCUUCUAUAUCCAAGUCACUUGAGACGAAGCCUAAGGCUCCUAAUGUAAUAGCCAAGCUGAUGGGCUUAGAAGAUAUCUCCCCAAAACGGUUACAGUCACAUCCGCAAAAGCACUAUGGGAAGGAAAAGGCGCUCAAUCAAGGGCGACUUAUCUUUGAUAUUGAUUUGCCAAAGGCAAGAAGGCCUCCUUUUGUUCAGAAGCUGGAUCAACAUCCGCGAACAUUAGAAGAACUAACAGAAACUGUACAAUUCAAAGGACUUUUGUCAAGUAGCUCUCCGCGUCGGUUUGAGCAUCUUUCAGAUAUAUCAGACUGGAGAAAAGGAUUUGCCAGUGAUGUCCCACCCAUUGUGAUUAUAAAGCCUUUGCCUGUUUCUGAAUUAAAGGAAGAAGCAUUGCGUAGGCCGAAGCUUGAGGAUUUAGACGAGAAGAUGCUCAGGAAGAGGAAAGUGAAAAGUGAGCUUCCUCCAAGGCCUCAUAAUGACAGGGAAGGAGCUCUAAAGUCCACAGAAAUUCGCCGAGAAGUGAGAGCUGAAAAAUCUCCAGGGAAAAGGCCUAUCCAGGAAAGAGCAAGCAAGGAUUUUGGGGAUGCAGUUGCAAGAAAAGGUGAUAAAUCUAUCAAACGUCAGGAGAACCCUCAUUCUGCAAUGAAUAAAGCUUCCAGUCCUUUGAAGCCCAGAAACCAAAAGAAAGAAGUAUCUCAGAAGAUGGUCAACAGGAACCGAAAGGCAAUUCCAAAUUCAAGCAAGCCAACUGAAGAUGAAACCAAAAAAUACAGAGAUGCUUCUAAAGCUCUCCAAUCAACUAAGCUUAAAUCAGCAAGUGCAAGGAAAUCUGAGAAGGAACCAAAUUUCUCAAAUGUUCAGGUUCUGAAGGAUCAAGGCGCAACUGUAGAUACCAUGGCUGAAUGCCUUACAACCUCAGAGAGCUCAACUGGUCAGAAAAAGAAUGUUGGGAAAGAAGAACAAGCCAGUGAGCUAUCAGAAAUUUCAGUUGAAAGCGAAAUCUGCAGUGAUGAUUUUCCAGUUGAUCCCGUGUCACAAACCGUGCCAGAUGUGACAGAAAAUUUGAUCAUCCCUUCACAGCAGAUAACUGGCGGCGAAGAAAAAGAUAUUUACGAAGAUUUAGUUAAUUGCAACAAGAGCGCUGCUUAUCCUGGUGAUUCUUCGGUGAUCCUUCUUCUCGAUAGUGAAUUCAAAGAAGGUGCUGGUAAUAGCAUCAGUUUCUAUGCAACUGACAAGAAAAGAUAUGAAAGGAAUAACACCAUGAGGAAUUUACUUUUGGGUAGUACCUCAUUUGUUAAUCAUGCUGAGGAGCUCUUUGACAUUCAUUCACAUAGACCUACAUAUUCACAUACAACUAGCUUGCAUGAAUAUGAAACAGAUGACAGUGAGGUUUUACUUGAAUGUGCAAAAGAACUACUUGGAAAUAGAUGUCUUCAGUGUAAUUUCGGAGUCCAUCCAGUGCCAAAUACACUCAUUAAGGAGUCAAAAAUCUGGAUCCCCCUUGAUCAAUUGGUGGAUGAGAUUUGUGAUGGAAUUGAGUAUUUGAGAAGUUACUAUAAACUUGGCGAUAAGGGGCUUAUUGUGCACAAACUUCAUACCGUCCUCCAAAAAGAUAUGUGGGGCAAAGGAGUAGUCACAGGAGCUUGGGAUUUCGGUUGGAGUAAAGGAUUUACUACACCAGAUGAAAUCGAUGAGGUAGUUGUCAACAUAGAGCAUCAUAUUUUAAGUGAUUUAUUCGACGAUAUGCUCAGGGAUUUGGCAGUGUAACCACUUGUGUAAAAAAAUCAGCAAGGGACUUGAUGUUCUUUUCUGUAUAUAAUACACUAACACAUAGGAUAGUUUGCUGAUGGGGUCAUAUUUCUGAUUCUUGAGCUGUUAGUAUACUACACUGUAUCUAGUUGUAACUUUUAGGACCAUAGUACAGUACAACAUGGAAAGUGUAACUCGUAAGGAUGAAAUGGGAAGUGUAAUUUAAACAACAAUUUUGUUCUUCCUUCACCUCAAUCCAUACUGCACUUUUUUUAUUUUAACAGUUUUUUUG